UGAAACUUUGGACCAAAAACUUGGUUUUUUUGUUGAAUUGGCUGCUCCUUCAAUUCGUCUCUUGACCUUUUAUUUAGUGUGUUCUUCGGUGUUUGUUGAUAACCGUGGCAGAUGCGUGUUAAGCUUUGUUCAAAUAGGGAUCCAAAGGAUGGGAUCCACACAUAAGCUUAACGCCAUUUUCUGAUUGCAGCAGCUUCACCAUUCUCAUAAAAUCCUUCUUCACCGACGUGAGCAGGGAGAAUUCUCAAGAGAUGGAAAUGUCAUCUGCUCAAUGGUGGUCAGAGCUGGGCAUGGAUGAUCCGCUGCAAGUAAUGCAGAACAACAGCAAUGUAUAUGACCCAACUGCAGAACAGCUUGCAGCUCUAAUGGGGUACCAGAACAAUAAUAAUAAUAACUUGGGUCUGGAAACUGCUUGCUAUCACAACAACAAUAUAAAGCUUCCUCAAUUGGGAGUCAGGACAAGGCCCUGUGAAGGAAGUUCUUAUUACGAAAGGCCUUCAAAACAGAUGAAAACAAUCAGUUGGGAUUCCAAUUCGUCUCAUGGGCAUGGACAGCCACAGUUUUCAAGCAAGGUUUCCACAGCUCCAUCUGUUUAUGUGCCCAAUUGCCAACAGAUUAAUUCCCCACUGGAGAAUUACAUAACAAGCAUGUUGAAGUUCCAAGAUGAAUCUAACUAUACUGAUAACAGCAAUAACUACAGUAAUUUCAAUGCAGCCCCAAACACACCCACCAUUAAUGGCGAAAUCGUGGUGGAGAGUUGCAUAUCAGAUAUUACUAAUUCUGUGGACAACUCUGGAUUUAACAUUUCACCCUCCUCUGCCAAGAUGUUUAAGCAGAAUCAGGGGAAAAAGCAGGUAUCGAGUAACACUCAUGAUCACAUCAUGGCUGAGAGGAAGCGGAGGGAGAAACUUAGCCAGAGAUUCAUCGCUCUCUCUGCCAUUGUUCCUGGCCUCAAGAAGAUGGAUAAGGCCUCUGUUCUGGGGGAUGCAAUAAAGUAUGUGAAGCAGUUGCAGGAGAAGGUGAAGGUAAUGGAGGAAAAAGCUCCCAAGAAAACAGUGCAGUCCGUGGUGUAUGUAAAGAAGGCCAAGCUGGUUUCGAAUCCCGAGGACGACAAACUGUCUUCAACUUCUUCCUCUUCUAAUUCUUCCUCUGCCGUGGAAGAUGGUACAGAAGGUGUGUUGAUACCUGAAAUCGAGGCUCGUCAAGUGAACAAAAACAUUCUAAUUCGAAUCCAUUGCGAGAAGAGAAAAGGGCUUCUGGUAAAGUCCCUUGCAGAGCUUGAAAGGCUUGACCUCACUAUCAUGAAUGCCAGCAUUCUAUCUUUCACAGAGACAACCCUAGACUUGACUUUCACUGUUCAGAUGGAAGAAGCCUGUGAUUUGAGUGUGGCUGAAAUAGUGAAGGCUUUGCAGGCUCUCUUCAAUAACAUGACUUAGAAAUGUGACAGUGGCGUGUUCAUUAAAAGAAAGCAACAAUAAAACCUUUAGUGUUUGAUGUAUUUAGAUAGGAGUGAACAUUAUUUUUCUUUUUUAAGAUUACCUGUGAAAUCUUUUUAUCAGAUUCAUGUCAUUCAUGUACAAAAUUGUUUGCAGCAGCCAUUUGUUUCAGAGGGCAUUUUUUUACAGGGCCUCAGUAGCCUUGUUUCAUCCCUCUGUUUUUAGUAAUGCUGCUCACACAAUGGGCUGUUUUUGGGAUUGACAUCCUUGUUCAAUCAAUGUGGCCUACAAUGUAAUGAUAUUAUGAAUCUGGUGGGUAGACACCAUCUCUCUUGGAUUUAGACAAGCUUUUUCCCAGAAUUAUCUGGUUCUUUGGCUUAGUUGACCUUCACUUGUAUGAAUCUUGUCAGAGAUAAAUGCAAACGGAUCAUUACCGUUUACUACUUGUCUGAGCAGACAUGAUUGUAAUCAAAUUUAUUAUUAAAUUUGUUAUAGUAUUUAUAGUUAUGACU